AUGGGAAGAAAUUACAAGAGAGAUAUUGAAAUAAUUCAUCGUUUCGACGAAAAGGUAUUCAAGAGGAAAAAAGAAAACUUUGUAAAAAAAAUGCAGCAGCAACAUUCAUUAGACAAUGAAACACGUAAUGCAGAGGAUCCAAAAAUGAAAACAAAACAGUGUAUUAUCGAUUCACUGUUGAAUCUUCAAGUAAAUCAAGGUUUAAUGAUCGUCCCCGAAAGCCUNUUGCCUGCAAAUUCGACUCUUCUCAUAAAUAUCUAUGGUAUCCAUCAUAAUCCUUCUGUUUACGAAAAUCCCGAAGUUUUCGAUCCAGACCGUUUCCUACCUGAAAACUAUAAAUUGCUUCAUCCUUACGCAUUUCUGGCAUUUUCUACCGGUCCACGAAAUUGUCUCGGAAGUAAACUUGCCAUGAUUGAAAUGAAAAUGGUUUUGGCAAAUGUUCUUCGUAAUUUUAAAGUCUACUCUUUGGAUCCUCAGGACAAAAUCGUUAUUUCAUACGCAGUUAUGUUGACCCCAAUACCGGGUAUAAGAAUGCGUGUAGAAAAAAGACGAAUGUUGUAAGAUAUUUACUAAUAUGUAUAGUACGUUUGGGUAAUUUUUGUUUCAAAUAUAUAUCAAUAUUAACAUUGGCCUAUAUCACAUAAUCUCGGCGAAUGAAUUUAGAAACUGUAUCGAAACAAUUAUACUUUUAUUCAACAUUACUCAUUUAUUGUAUUUCAUAUUAAAUUUGCUUUACAUUAAUACUAUUUUUGUUGUUUAUUGCAUUUUAUUCAUUUAUCACAUUAAUCAUUUCUCAUAUUUAAUUUUACGUAUAUUAAACUGUUGUUAACAAUAUACUAGCUGUAUCGUAUGAAUUGGGCCAAACAUAAAUAAUUUACUUUUAAUUUUUAAUUA